AUGUUAUUACCUAACAGUCUCGUCCUGCUGAACGGUAUACCUAUCUAUCUAUCUAUCUAUCUAUCUAUCUAUCUGUCUCCCCCUAUCUUUCGAUGCUUAUCCAUAUCUAUCUAUCUAUCUAUCUAUCUAUCUAUCUAUCUAUCUAUCUAUGUGUAUUCAUAUCUAUGUAUCUACGACUAUUCAUAUCUAUGCCUACUCAUAUCUAUCUAUCUAUCUAUGUUCAUCUAUCUGUCUAUCUAUGUGUAUUCAUAUCUAUGUAUCUACGACUAUUCAUAUCUAUGCCUACUCAUAUCUAUCUAUCUAUCUAUCUAUCUAUCUAUCUAUCUAUCUAUCUCCUUCUGUUCUUAUUCUAUCUAUCUAUUUCAUCUAUCUAUCUAUCUAUCUAUCUAUCUAUCUAUCUAUCUAUCUAUGCCUAUUCAUAUUUAUUUAUCUACGACUAUUCAUAUCUAUGCCUACUCAUAUCUAUCUAUCUAUCUAGCUAUCUUUUCCGUCUGUUUAUCUAUCUAUCUAUCUAUCUAUCUAUCUAUCUAUCUAUCUAUCUCAUCCUUGCUUUCCUUUUUUCUUUUUCUUAUCUUACAAACGCCAUUCCCUACCCUCCACUGCUCUAAGUUCGGCUUAUUGCGCAAGGGAAGGUUGGUAUUCUUGUCCUGUAAUGAAAUAUUAUUUAUAACUCUACGAGGCAGCGGUUUCGAAGAUGAAAAGAGCGGCGCUGAUCUGCACACGGUUUUCAUUGCCGCCCCUGAGACAGAGCGCAACCCGUUACAAAGAACGAAAAAAAAAUAUUGGGCGCAAAUCGUGGGGCGGGAAUGA